UCUGUCGAUUUCUUUGUUCAUUCUGCAUUCAAGCAGGGUUAAGCAUUACCAUGAAUCUUUGUCUGCACACAGGGUGGACAUUUUUUUGCCCAUGCAUCCGUCCAUGGCCUUGGUUCAGAGUUAGUUCUUAGGGCCGACGAACGGUCUCUUACGGAGUCUCUUCGGCCUUGACCCAUUUGGGGGGGAAAGAAGACUCGGUUACCCGCAAUAACCAAUUAAGGAGAGAAGGAGAGAGGGAUCGGCUCAAACUCUUCGAUUCGAGCGAACUUUUCAUUGGAACUCUUCGAUUCGAUUUCAAAUUACCGCAACUUUUGGUUUUCCGGCUGGUGGUCUCGUUCCUCUUCGGUGAUUACAAGGCCGUGAGAAUUAUUUCGGACGUAAGGUUUUGGGUCAUCGAUCGCGUUGAACAGAUUGAUUGCUGUCGAAUUUGAAAAGAACUGAUCAACUGCGGUGCUUGUUCGCUUCAGUAAGAAGACAGUCAGGAAUAGAUAGAGGGACUCCAUUGGUACACUGAAUGGGCAACAAGGCUGUUGAAGGAGGUGCAGAAGAGGAGAAAUGGUUGAGGAAGGAAAGAUCGCGCCUCAUUUGGCCCUUAUUCUACGUCCUUUUCCUCCACAUCGUCGCGUUUUACUUCUUUACUAGAGGUUUCCUUCUUACGAGAACUGAGCUUUCUUUUGUUAGCAACUGUUCCGAUGCCGCUGCAGCUCCCUGUCAGAAUUCUUGCCUAGGGCCACAUAUGGUUCCGAAUGAAGAUGUUGAGUUUGCCGGCAGUUUAUUGGUGGAGAAGCAGAAUAAGUGCUGGACCAAACCAGCAGUUGAUCGGCUCGUCAUCAUAGUUCUUGAUGCCUUAAGGUUUGAUUUUGUGGCCCCCAGUACUUUCUUUGAAGACAAAAAGCUGUGGAUGGACAAGCUAAAAGUGCUGCAAAAACUGGCCUCAGACAAGGAAUGCUCUGCUCGAAUUUUCAAGGCUAUUGCUGACCCCCCAACUACCAGCUUGCAACGCCUGAAGGGUUUAACCACAGGCAGUUUGCCGACCUUCAUUGAUGUGGGAAAUAGUUUCGGAGCCCCUUCAAUCAUUGAAGAUAACUUGAUAUAUCAGUUAGCUACAAAUGGCAAGCGAGUCGUUAUGAUGGGAGAUGAUACAUGGAUGCAGUUGUUUCCAAAUCAUUUUCAUUCAUCACAUCCAUUCCCAUCCUUCAAUGUGAAGGAUCUUGACACGGUGGAUAAUGGAGUGAUUGAGCAUUUGUUUCCAGCUUUAUAUAGUGAGGAUUGGGACGUUCUUAUUGCACAUUUUCUUGGAGUGGAUCAUGCAGGGCACAUAUUUGGUGUUGAUUCCAGUCCCAUGAUUGAAAAGUUGAAGACAUACAACCAAGUUCUUGAGAAAGUUGUAGACAUUCUAAAGAACCAUUCAGGUCCUGGAGAAUUACAUGAGAACACCUUCCUUAUUGUAUUGGGUGACCAUGGACAAACUGAGAAUGGUGACCAUGGUGGAGGAACUUCUGAAGAGGUAGAAACAUCACUCUUUGCAAUGAGUGCAAAAAAACCUCCAGGAACCAUACCAGCUGCACUUGAUAACUCCCGUUGUGGUUUUGACACGGAAGGCAAGGAAGUUUGCAUAAGCUCCAUCCAACAGCUUGAUUUUGCAGUAACAAUUGCUGCUAUGGUUGGGAUUCCAUUUCCUUAUGGAAGCAUUGGACAGAUUAAUCCAGAAUUAUAUGCAUUAAGUCCUGGUACAUGGUAUGCACAUACAACUAGUCCAUCAAGCAAAUGUUCAAAUGUAAUCACAUGGAUGCAGCGUUAUCUCUAUGCUCUCUGUAUUAACAGCUGGCAGGUCAAGAGGUACAUUGAUCAGUAUUCAGCUUCAUCAAUCUUGAGAUUUCCAUCAGAAGAUUUGAUUCGUUUGGCAGAAUCUUAUUCAGAAGCCCAGUCAAAUUGGUCACAUAUUCUUCACAAUGAAUGUCCGUUAAAGGUUGACCCUCUUGGUCAAAAUUGUGAUUAUGUAAAUAUUCUUUUGGGUCAAAUCAAUGCAUAUUCAAAAUUUUUAGGGGAUGUUGCAGAACUUGCUCGCUCUAAGUGGACUCAGUUUGAUAUUAAACUGAUGAGUGCUGGACUUUGUGUACUGUUAGCUUCAUUGCUUGUCCAGCUAUUUUCCAUUGAGAGGGCAAGAAUGUCAAAACCAAGUGUUACACAAAACAGUUGUUUUAUUAGGAGAAGCUUCUGCAGAUAUACUGUCAUAUUGUUGGUGAUUUUUUGUAUUCUAGGGUUGGUAUCAUUGGCAGCAUCUUCAUUGAGCCAUAAUUCUAUGGCCACAUUAAUGUAUGCCAAAAGGGAGGAGUUGUUCCUUUACCUUUUUGGUGGUACGGUUCUCUUUUCAGCCAUCAGUUUUGUUCUGGAGCAUCUCAAGUUUGUGAGAUAUUUACGCCAAGCCAAGAUCAAGUGGGUGUCUGCAUCUGCCCUUUCUAGUCAGGAUGCUAUUGUAGCGGGUAAUAGAGGUUCUGGCUCCAUAAAUAGUUUAGGCAUUUCAUCAAGGACUAUUCUUGCGGCACUUGUUCUGGUGAUACGUGCUUGCAGUUUGCUCUCAAACAGUUACAUAUUGACAGAAGGAAAGGUUGCUCACUUUCUUUUGGCCACAACUGGUAUUCUUAACUUGCAAUACUCAAUUGCAAGUGAAUCAAUGAAAACUGAAGCAUUUGCAUUUCUCUUUCUAAAUUUUGUUCUUCGAGUUAUUGGUGAAGGAGGUUUAUCCAAACAGAUACUUACAUCGUUGCCUUCUGCAACGCUUGAAGUUGAAUGGUGGGAUCAUUUUUGGCUGAUAUGUACAGGGAUAUUGCCUAUGGUACUUCUAGUUUGGGUCAUAUCCUUGAUCUUCCAACCGAUUGGUCUCAACUCAAAUUGGAAAACUUUGAAGUGUUACUUUCCUGCUAUCACCAUAUUGAGUUAUGCACCCAUAAUUGUAUACUGGGCUUUAGAAGGCAAAUUGCUGCCUAUAACAUUUAUUCUUAAGUAUGUAGGGAAAAACAUUUUUCCCCGUCUAGUUUAUGCCUUCAGUUUUGGGAUGAUCAUUUUUUUAGCCUACUUUCAAAAGUGCAAGCAGAAAUCCAGAUAUGCGGAUGACCCUGAAGGGUUGACAGUUGCUACAGUGGCCAUGUUAGUUGCCUGGAGUUCAACUAUCUUAUUGUUAAGUGGAAGACAAGGCCCACUCAUUGCUAUUCUAUCUAUUUUUGAAGGAUGGUGCAUAAUAAAGUUGCAAAAGCUAGUGAGGCAGCAGGAACAUACCAAUAAAAAAAGUUGUAGCUGCGGGUCCGAUGUAUUUGCAGUAACCCAAUGGAACCUUGUAGCUGUCUCAUUGUUCUAUUGUCUCGGCCAUUGGUGUACAUUCGAUGGCCUUCAUUAUGGUGCUGCUUUUAUUGGCUUUGAUGAAUUCCACCUUAUUCGUCAAGGAGUGCUCCUUGCCAUCGAGACUUUUGGCGUUUCUCAUAUCCUUCCCAUUUUAGCUCUUCCACUGCUGGUCUUGUUCCAGUAUUCUCCAGAGGGUGCCAAAGAAAAACGAAUAUUCUUUAAUAAGUUGAUUCAGGUCUUGUUGAUAUAUGGGCUUCUUACUGCAGUUACAACUACUUUUACAGCAAUUUGUGUGACAAUUCAAAGGCGUCAUUUGAUGGUAUGGGGGCUCUUUGCUCCAAAAUAUGUAUUUGAUGUGGUCGGCCUCAUUCUUACAGAUACCUUCAUCUGCUUGACUGCUCUUUUUUAUUUCUAAUCAUCAGUUAUCAUCGGAUAAAUCACACUUUGAUAGCUGAUGGGCCGGAGGCUUCAUAUUCAGGGGCUGAGGAACAUGAAAGGGAUCAGGGAUGGCUUCAGUGAGACGUAGAGUUGUUUUCCCUGCCCUUUCUGUGGUUUCCCUCACAUCUGGUUUCGACUAACAGCAUUUGUCAUGACUUGCCUGGCUUUCAGUUACUCUCCCUUCUCUCUGGCUUUGCUUAUAAUUCAGUUUUGUGUUUUUGAGAUUUUGGUUCCAGAUCUCUGUUAGCAUAAAUGUGUAAGUAAUAUCUUUCUUGUGAUUGGCUUUUUUUUGGACACUGAAUAGUUUUACAGAGUGAUUCCUUCAGGAUGAAGUUUUUAAAGGCUUUUUCAGUUCUACCUUAA